UCCUCCAGACCUCCUUGUUUCUUUGACAUCUCUCUUCAGGACACAGAGGGCGAAGAAGAAAGAGAGAGGGGGGGCAGGCAGGAGGAGGAAGGAACACCGCCCUGCCACCCACCACCCCUCCCUCCUCCUCUCCUUGUUGCUUCCUCCGCGGCCUGCCCGGUGCCGAGCUGGUGCGAUGGCGGAUAGCAACCCGGACGGCAUCAAGCGAUACACGCCUCCCGUGCACAGGAAUCGUGCAAACAAUCGGCGCAAGGCUGGAGAUAGGGCUGAGAAAGCCAACUAUUCAUACAACAAUGAUGGGGAGAAAAGCCAUGUUCCUUCACUAAAGAAUCUUCCUCCAAUUAUCCAUCAUGAUGCUUUUGUCAGCACUUCUCAGAAUGAUUUCGGUCAAUCAAGAUUAGUGCCCUUGGAGGGAUGUUCUGCUAGUGAGGCUGCACAGCUUCUCAGUGACCGUUGGGCUGCUGCAAUGAACUCGUACAAUGACCCAAAUGAUUCCCCUGGUAAACCAGUAAUGUAUGGUGGAUCUACUGGAUCAUCAUGGGGGCAAGGUCACAUGAAACUUCCUCAUCAAAUGAAUUUUCUUGAAGAUCUGCGUCGCGCAGUAGAUGCUCAAACGGGCCUGACAUCAACGCUCAACAGCUGGAACUAACCAGACUCAUGCUGCAUUGAUGGAGUGACAAAGAUUUAUCAAAAUCGAGCUGUUUGCAAGUGCGCUGUGUGUUCAGUUUCAUAUGUAAACUAUAUGUAUGAUGGGACCAAAUGCUUUAGUCUAGCCUGCAGCUGUUUGGUUUCGUAAGAUGGAAACAGCAGUCGAUCCCUUGUAACCUGGAUGGGAAAGUCAGCUUGAUGUAUCAUGGACCUGAAUCUCUGCUUUUGGAAUAUCCUGGUGGGAGUUGUAUUACAAUAGAUUGUUUGGAUAUACCCAUUUUCUCAGCACUCGAUUUUGUGCCGUUAUGCUAAAUUAUUAGUCUUGUUGUUGA